AUGCCAACCACUUUACACUUAAGAGCUGAAACUAAACCAUUAGAAGCAAGAGCUGCCUUAACGCCGGCUACUACUAAAGAAUUAAUUGCUGCCGGGUUUAAAAUCUAUGUUGAAGAUAGCGAACAAUCUGCAUUCAAGGCUUCAGAAUACGAAGAAAACGGAGCAAUCAUUGUGCCAGCUGGUUCAUGGGUAAGUGCACCACAUGAUCGAAUUAUUAUUGGUUUGAAAGAAUUACCGGAAUUUGAGACAUUCCCUCUAGUACAUGAACAUAUUACAUUUGCGCAUUGUUAUAAGAAUCAAGCUGGAUGGGAAAAAGUUUUGAAAAGAUUUAUAAAUGGGGAUGGGACUUUAUACGAUUUAGAAUUCUUAGUUGAUGAUAAUAAUAGACGUGUUGCUGCUUUCGGGUUUUAUGCUGGGUUUGCAGGCGCUGCUCUGGGACUGAAAGAUUGGUGUUUUAAAAAGACCCACCCUGAUAAUCUUGACUUGCCAGGUGUAACACCAUUCAACAGUGAAGAAGCUUUAAUUGAGAAUGUUUCAAUUGAUUAUCAGAAGGCUUUAAAAUUACAGAAUGUUAAGCCACCAAAGGUUUUAAUUAUCGGUGCAUUAGGCCGUUGUGGUUCUGGUGCUAUUGAUUUUCUAACAAAGAGUGGUAUUCCUGAGUCAAAUAUUAUUAAGUGGGAUAUAAAUGAAACUAAAAAAGGUGGCCCUUUUAAGGAAAUAGUUGAAGCCGAUAUAUUUAUUAACUGUAUUUACCUUUCACAGCCUAUCCCACCAUUUAUUGAUACUAAGUCAUUAAAUGUUAAUAAUAGAAAUUUGACGACAGUAGUUGAUGUUUCAGCUGAUACAACGAACCCUCAUAAUCCAAUCCCGAUUUAUAAUAUUGCAACUGUUUUUAAUAGACCAACAGUCACAGUGCCACUGGAGAAAGGUCCAAAAUUAUCUGUUAUAUCAAUCGACCAUUUACCCUCUCUUUUACCAAGAGAAGCUUCUGAAUUCUUUUCAAGAGAUUUAUUACCUUAUUUGAAACAACUGCCAAAUAGAAAGAGAGUACCAGUCUGGGUUAGGGCUAAAAUUCUUUUUCAAACGCAUUGUGCCCGUGUUAAUAGACGUUCUAAGUUGUAA